UAAUAUCGUCGACAGUAUCGCCAGCCACAUCGUCAUCGUCAUCGUCAACAUCGACAUCGAGAAUGAUAACGUUGACGAUGAACACAACUACCCCGUUCCGUCGCCUGCUCGCGGCAACAAUAUUGCUAUUGUUGCUGAUAUCAACGCAUCCUGACCCGGCCGCAGCCGCCUGCCGGUGGACCAACGAGGCUGGCAAUGACACCCGUUCAGCGGACUGCGCUCUUCGCGUAUUGGACCCUACGGCGAUCGUCACCCUGGCGCCGUCCCUUGACGGCGCGCUCAAAUUACGAAUCCGCUGUAGUGACGUACACCACUUCGAGAGCAGUUUGAACGCGCAGAGUUGGCAACGACUGGCCGGCCUGCACGAACUCCACGUGCACGGCUGCAAAGUAUUGCGUAUUCCGGAGGAUGCGUUUCUGCCGCUGCCGGAUCUCAAGCGGCUUGUCGUGCAGACGUUCAACGCUGCCUGGGGUGCCGCCAGAUAUCUGGAAUUUGCGCCAAGCUCCCUUCGGGGUCUUCGCGAACUUCAUACCCUGGAAAUCGUUGAGAGCAACGUUUUGGCAUUACCCCCCAAACUGCUCUGCGAACUCGACAACCUGCAGACUCUUAACCUUACCGGGAAUCGUAUCCACGACGUUGAUGAUAUCGGUUUGACGGUGCGUGAUGACGUCAACGGAGAAUCUUGUCGCGCCGACAUCCGAAUCUUAGACCUAUCGCGCAACCAAUUAAGACAAUUGCUCGAUGACGGACCGUUAGUGAGUCUGCGACAGCUGCAGGAGUUACACCUGCAACGCAAUGUGAUCACCGAGAUUGGCAAGAACGCUCUACACGGACUCACCGUCCUGCGCAUAUUUAAUGCCAGUCACAAUGCUCUGGAUUCGUUGCCCGAGGACUUGUUCAAAACCACGCGCGACCUGCGAGAAAUACACCUGGCGCACAAUGGCCUACGUGAUCUCCCGGAGGGCGUGUUCACCCACUUAGAACAGCUGCUGGUGCUGAAUCUCGCCAACAAUCGCCUUGGCAGCGAUCGCGUCAACGAGACCACCUUCCUUGGUCUCAUUCGUCUGAUCGUGCUCGAUCUCUCAUACAAUCAGCUGACAUAUAUCGAUGCCCGCAUGUUCAAGGACUUGUUCUUCCUGCAGAUCCUCGACCUACGCAAUAACUCGAUCGAUCGUAUCGAGAGUAAUGCCUUCCUGCCGUUGUACAAUCUCCAUACGCUCGAGUUAUCCGACAACAAGCUUCAUACCAUAGGUGUGCAGCUCUUUAACGGCCUGUUUGUCUUAAAUCGUCUGACUAUGUCUGGGAACUCGAUUUCAAGCAUCGACACCAUGGCGUUUCGCAACUGUUCCGAUCUCAAAGAAUUGGAUCUUAGUGGCAACGAACUCACCGCCGUACCGGACGCGUUGCGCGACCUCGCCUUCCUCAAGACUCUCGAUCUAGGCGAGAACCGGAUCAGCGAGUUUCACAAUGGCUCCUUCCGCAAUCUCCAUCAGCUCACCGGUUUACGUCUAAUUGGCAACGACAUUGGCAAUCUAACGCAAGGUAUGCUCUGGGAUUUACCAAAUCUACAGAUUCUUAAUUUGGCCCGGAAUAAAGUGCAACAUGUGGAAAGGCAAGCGUUUGAGCGUAAUAUCAAGUUAGAGGCUAUUCGUCUCGAUGGCAAUUUUCUAUCGGACAUCAACGGUGUAUUCACCAGUAUCACCAGCCUCUUGCUGCUAAACUUAUCGGAAAACCACAUAGAAUGGUUCGAUUACGCCUUCAUACCUAUUAAUCUCAAGUGGCUCGACAUCCACGGCAACUUCAUCGAAAGCCUCGGAAAUUAUUACAAAAUUCGUGACUCUAAAGUGAAGACUCUGGACGCUAGUCAUAAUCGCAUCACCGAGCUCUCUCCGUUGUCCGUGCCGGACAGUGUGGAACUAUUAUUCAUCAAUAACAACUAUAUCAGUACCGUACGACCGAACACGUUCGCCGACAAAGUGAAUCUCACUCGCGUCGACAUGUACGCGAACAUGAUUGAGAUGAUGGAGUUGACGUCGUUGCUAUUGACCAAGGUGCCAGAAAACAAACCCCUACCGGAAUUCUACAUCGGUGGGAACCCCUUCAAUUGCAAUUGCUCGAUGGAUUGGCUACCGGCCAUCAAUAAUCAGACUUCGACAAGGGAGUAUCCACGCGUCAUGGACCUCGAUAAUGCCAUGUGCCGUACUUCCGGACCGCGGGGAGUUGCCAUCGUCCCAGCCUCGACUGCACGUUCGGAACAGUUUCUCUGUCGCUACGAGGCGCAUUGUUUUGCUCUCUGCCACUGUUGCGAUUUUGAUGCUUGCGAUUGCGAGAUGACCUGUCCGGCUGGCUGUAAGUGCUACAACGAUCGUACAUGGAACACAAACGCAGUCGAUUGUUCGGGUCUCGGAGUCGAAGAGAUUCCACGUAGAAUACCGAUGGACGCCACCGAGGUCUACUUGGACGGCAACGUGCUGCGGGAGCUACAAAAUCACGUGUUUAUCGGUCGUAAAAACAUGCGUGUAUUAUACGUGAACGCCAGUGGUAUUGAAUCUAUCCAAAAUCGCACCUUUAACGGCCUCAACAACUUGCAAAUUUUGCAUCUCGAAGACAAUCGGAUACGUGAGCUCAAAGGGUUCGAGUUCGAGCGAUUGUCGCAUCUGCGUGAACUCUACUUACAGAACAACAUGAUUGGUUUCAUCGGCAAUUUGACGUUUCUGCCGCUACGAUCGCUUGAAAUCCUUAGGUUGCACGGCAACCGGUUAGUGACUUUCCCAGUGUGGCAAGUCACUCUAAAUGCCCGAUUAGUUGAACUAUCGCUCGGUGGCAACCCAUGGUCCUGUCGUUGCAAAUUUCUACAGGAGCUAUCCUCCUGGGUGUCGGAUAACGCGCACAAGGUCAUUGACGCCGGUGACGUAUGGUGUUAUUACGGUGGCGAUGCCAGGCCUUCCUACCGGCGUCGUUUGAACGUCAACGAGACCGCCUGCUCGGACUAUUUCGCUCAAGGCGGCGUCAUCGAAAGUAUUAUGGUAUCGGACUAUCUGCCGUUGGUGGCUGCUACUCUCUCGGCUAUUAUCGUUCUCCUGGUGAUCAUAGUGCUCGCGUUCGUGUUCCGCGAACCGGUCGGUGCCUGGGCCUAUUCCAAGUAUGGAUUGCGAUUCUUGCGUACAAAAUCUGGUAAGGCCGCGACAUCAGCAAGCAUGGGCCCCACGGCCGCGAUGACCGCAGGCUGCUGCGACGCCGAUCGUGAUCGUCUCUAUGAUUGUUACGUGUGCUAUAGUCCGAACGACGAGGACUUGUUUUGCACUCUGGCGGUCGAGCUGGAGCACGGCGCGACCGGUCUGAGACUCUGCCUCCAUCAUCGGGAUUUGCCUUGCAUAUUGCGCGCCUCCGCACCCGCGCCGGCUGUCCUCGAAGCGGUGGACGCGUCUCGACGCGUGCUAAUCGUACUUACUCGUGAUUUCCUUCAAACCGAGUGGUCGCGCUUUGAGUUUCGCGCGGCAUUGCACGAGGCAUUACGCGGCCGUGCCUCUCAGCUGAUCGUCAUCCAAGCCGGCCACGUUGGCAUCGAAGUCGAACGCGAUCCCGAGCUGCGGCCCUAUUUGAGAACGGCGGCGCUUAUACUCACGUGGGGUGAGAAGAGGUUUUGGGAACGAUUGAGAUACGCCAUACCGUCGUCCACAACUACCGCGAUUAUCGCUACCAAUACUACGACUACCACCACUGCCGUUGGUGACGUAUCCGUCGAGAGUAAAUCCUCGCCGCUGGUCUAUAAGCGCAACAUCAACACCUAUACGUUGGACGGCGGUGUUGGCAGUCUUGAGAAAACCGGGGUAUCAACGCUGCGUGGCGGCCAACGCGCCGCGCUCUUCAAGGACGCUUCAUCGGCGCUAAUGUUGCAACACGCACCGCCUGCCUACUCGUGCGGCGGCGGUGCCCCGCUUUCCCCCAUGCUGCCGCAGCAACAUCAGCAGCAGCAGCAGCAGUCGCCGCAACCGCCGCCGCCAUCGUCGUCGCCGGCGCAGCCCAGGUUAACCGUCAAUCAUGCCUACCGGGACGCAAUGCCGGUCGGUAAUCUCGUCAUGACCACCGCCGCCGCCAACACCGCCAACUGCGAGGACCACAGGAGACCACUGUCCGAACACAUCUACUCGUCCAUUGACUCGGACUACUCGACUCUCGAGAGAACCGCCUGGAGGCAACAGCAACCACCGCCACCGCCUCCCCCGCCUACCUCUGGACAGGCCUAUCUAGUUUAGCUCCCUGCUGCCGACCCUGCUGUUGCCCCGUACUCACGGGAUCGAGGGAGGCGGGAUCGCGACUCAACUGCGAUAGCGAUGAGCGUUGGUAGCUCAUUUUCGAAAGGUUGUGCUAGAUCUCGUGCUCGUCCACGUGACGUACGCCCGACGACUUCGAUAGACUGCGAUUUCUCGACGACGUUGCGCACGUGCCGAGCCACGAACCUCCGCGAAACACGUGUACAUAGUUUAGAGACGUCGUGGCGAGGGACGAGAGACGGAACGUUCGCAUAUCAUAAUUGUUUCUGGAGACUUUGGGGAUGUCUGUUGCAAUAAUGAGUCGCUGAUUUUUUUUUUUGCUCAAUGAGAAUUGCGAUUUUUUUUCUAUUGCCAGAAUGUGAUUGACGUUCCUUCUUUCCCUUCUUAUUUCUGCUUUUUGUCCCUUUUUUCUUUAAUUAUUUCUCUGCCCGUCUUCCCUCGCUUUGCUCGACGUAAUAAAACUUUCGGCCUACCUUGAGAGUCGUGUACGCGACUCUGUGUAAUUUCUGA